UCAGUGCCUCCAACUCCUUUGCUUCGUCGCACGAUACCAAAUAUGCCAGGUUGUACACAGCGGCUUUCUCCCAGGGCUGGGUUAGCAACAUCAUUGAUACUAACCAGUAUAUUCAGGUACAACUACCUAAAAAGGCAGCAGUGUACGCCAUUAUACUACAAGGCCGAGGGGUGACGUCAGUUUCACAAUGGGUAAAGACCUAUUUUGUAUCAUACAGCAAUGACGGUGUCACUUGGUCUAAUGUGACAUCACCAAAUGGAUUUUCCCAGGUAUUUACGGGGAACAGUGACAGGGAUACCAUUGUGAAGGCCGAUAUCGUACCCAGUGUAACUGGAAUGUAUAUCCGUAUCAAACCUCAAACAUGGAACGAACGCAUCAGCCUCCGUUUUGACGUCAGUGGAUGUUAUCUGUUUGCAGAAGCAAGUGCAAAUGAAACAUUUUCAAGGAUUCCUGUCAUCACAUCAUCAGACUACACGGAAGGACUAGUCUUGGACGUUUCAACAACAUCCAUAUCAAAAUGCGCCGCCAUGUGCAAAGAAACGCCAACCUGCUUGUCUUUUACUUACGAAAAAGGCCAGGAUUCGUGUCGUGGCUUUGCCGUAGCUGCUCCUGGCUUUUAUGGCCAAUUUUCGUCCCUUGGCAUCGCUUCCCCAUGCUACCUUAAAAAAGGAAAAAUCAAAGCCCUAGGAUUCCGGAAAUUGCAAGGAGGGACCAAAUACUACAACGUGAUUGGAGUUGCCCGAAAUCAGUCGAGUGCUGUUGAUACGUGUAUUCGGUUCUCUGCGCAACUGUUCCCCUUAGAAACGGCUUCGGAGGUUACAACUCUACAAAAUGUCAUUACAGGAAAUGAUAUUAUGAGACGCAACUUUCGGUUAUACGUAUCUGGAGAAUACGUAUCCAAUCAAUGGCAGUAUAAUGGAGUCCCUAAAGUAAUAGACGGUGACCUCUGGUCUACAAAUCAUCCUAACCCCAGUCAAGGGCACUGUGUGAUGUUGACAGAAACCGGUCUGGCCAGUGUUGAUUGCACGGAAAUACUCUUCUUCAUAUGUGUUAUCUGAUUACCUGAUUACCCAUCAUAACUUUUCUGCAGUGUCCAUGUACGUACAUGCAGUGAGAUACCACAUGGCAUUUUGUUUCCCGGAACAUUGAUGUCUUUGCAUGCGAUCCUCGAUUGUAUAAUGGUCUGUGAUUAUGAAAUGUGGGUAUCCUUGUUGGUUAUUAGUGACGUGAAAACGAAUUCCACAUACAAAUAGAAGAUAAGUUAUACAUUUGUACAUUUAAAUUCCUUAUCCCUAUCAUACCAUAUAUAUUUCAGAAAUGUGUUGGGAUACUA